AUGCUCUUCAGAAGGCUUGACCUGGUAGAGCCAAUGAACACCACCCUCUGGGGCUGUGGGAGGUCCAACGACACGGGAGAGCUGUUCCAACUGCCCACGUUCUCCACGGCGGCCAAAAUCCGAGUGGCCAUCACAGUGGCCCUCUUCUUCUGCUCAACCGGCACCAAUGUCGCCAUGCUCUGGAGCGUCACCCAGAAGUUCCAGCGCAAGCCGCACCUCCGCAUCCUCCUUGUGAACCUUGCUGCUGCUGACCUGCUGGUCACCUUCGUGGUGAUGCCGCUGGACGCCGUGUGGAACAUCACCGUCCAGUGGUAUGCCGGGGACCUGGCGUGCCGGCUCCUCAUGUUCCUCAAGCUGGUGGCCAUGUAUGCCUGCUCCUUUGUGACUGUGGUGAUCAGCCUGGACCGCCGGGCUGCCGUCCUGCACCCCCUGAGGGUCAGCAGAGCCAAGAGGAGGAACAAGGCGAUGCUGUGCGUGGCCUGGGCCCUGAGCCUUCUCCUAGCAGUCCCUCAGGUGUUUGUCUUCCACACUGUCAGCCGGUCCCAGCCCAUCCAUUUCGUCCAAUGUGCCACUGUGGGGAGUUUUGAGGCGCACUGGCAGGAGACCCUCUAUAACCUGUUCACUUUUUCUUGGCUCUUCCUGCUGCCACUGCUGGUCAUGGUGCUCUGUUAUUCCCGCAUCUUCAUCGAGAUGUCAAGAAAGAUGACACAAGCAAGUGCGUCGCCCAGGUCCAGCGGGGUCUGCCUGCGCUGCUCCCGCAACAACAUCCCCCAGAUCCGGGUCCGUGCCCUGAAGAUGUCAGCCAUCGCCAUCCUGACCUUUGUGGUCUGCUGGACGCCCUACUACCUGCUGGGCCUGUGGUACUGGUUCUCCCCCGAGAUGCUGGCCCGGGAGCAGGUGCCCCCCUCGCUCAGCCACACCUUCUUCCUCUUCGGCCUCUUCAGCACAUGCCUCGAUCCGCUGGUGUACUGCUUCUGCUCCGCGCGCCUCCGGACCAGCCGCAGGCAGCCUGAGCAGCGGGCCCAGGCGCCCCCUUUCCGCAUGGCCUCCUUCCGGGCCUCUGCAGCCAGCACCCGCCCCGUGGCAGAGCCGGAGGGCAACUGA